CAAAUAAGAAAUCAUUACAUAACCAAACGUUCAACGUAAAGGUUCUGUGCUCAUAAAGAAACUCUCUUUAGUAAAUCCUUGUAGGAAAAUGUGUAAAUUUACCAAUCGUUUAUUUGUAUUCGCUUUAUGUUGUUUGCUGGGCCUGCAAAUGGUUUGUGUCUGGGCUAAACCCUUACACAGCUCUUCACGUGAUGAUGCUGAAGAUUUAGGCGCUUUAAUAGCUUUAUCGACCCUAAUGAAUUCACAAGAUGUCCACUACGAUCAAAGACAAAAGGGUGAUGAAAAUUAUCGAAUUAAAUUGGAUGGUUUCUUUAUUGGUUUGCCUCAAGGAGAUAGUUCUACCUUACUGCUGCUUACCGAUGAUUUAUUUGAGAGUAUAGAUGAUGAUUAUCUUUCAGCUUUGGGUAAAAAUAAACCUGCUGCUAACGGAGCACCAACAUCUUCAGCCCCCUCAUCUGCAACAGCAGAUAGUUCUCCUGCAGCAUCCGAAAAUAAUUUUAAUCAUUCUUCCAACAAUGCUUUAAACCCCUCCAAUAAUUCACCGGAAAUUACUGCUCCCAAAAAAUAUCUUGAAGCUAGACAUGGUUUGAAUUCGGGCUCUAGAACUAAAUCUUAUAUAGCACAAUUUUUAAAACUACUUAAAAGAGGACGCAAACAUUAAGUUAAGAAUUGAAGUUUUAUAAUUUGGAUUUAAUUUUUUUUUAACCACCAGAUUUUUUUUUAAUAAAUUUAAUAGAUUUUAUAUAUAUAGAAAUUCGGAGUAAUAAAGACUGUUAGUUUAAGACUUAAACUUUAUGUUAUAAAACAACAAUGUUUUAAGAGCAAAAUUAAAAAUGUAUUAAGUUAGAAAUAAAGAUUUAUGAAAUAAAUAAUAUAUUAUUAAAAAUUAAA